AUGCUUUCUAUGCCGCCUGCCUUUGCGUGUGGGCUGGAUGCGAAGGUUUCUUUGCGCGAUCUAUUUCAUCUUCGCCGGGCACUUCCUGGUUGCGGAUGCAGUCUUGCCCGAGCUGCUGAACUUCGAGCCUUUUCAUUCCUCUCCUCGGUCGGGAGCCUGGCCUCUUUGGACUUUUUCUCGACAGUGGGGAACCACGUUCCGCUUGCUGGGCCUGUUGCAGCUGGCUUCAGCUUUGUGUCUGCUGCAGACUUGUUUGCGCCUCGCUUCCUUCGACCUUGCGCGCUCUCGCGUUCUGCUCAUGGUGCUCCGCAUAUGAGAGACGUUAUGACGAUGACCUCCGCUGACCGCCGCACUUGUUGGCUGGCAGGCCCGCUGCAAAUACUGAGUAAAUACUGUUCUCAACCGUACUUGUCGUGCGCCUCCGCCACCAGGAGUCGCUGCCCGGCACGUCGAGCGCAGAUUGGAGUACGACCUCCAAGAGCGCCUCAUGCAGCUUGGCAUCGCCGAGGCAAGAGCUGUGAACUCCGUCUUCUACCUCCGGCACCUCCUCCUGCUGCCUCCGCUUCGAUGGGGGCAAAAAAAGGCGUGGCCGUCAUGUGUCCUUUUUUCCUCGUUGCUGGUGCCCUGCACGUCGAGGACCCGCUAGACCUCUACGUUCUCAAUGACCCUUUGGGCGUACGUGGUCGUCUUGGACUCUUCUAUGCUCGUCCUAUGUUCAAGCGGGCUGCAGAAGUGGAGCAGGCUGCAGCUUCCAUCACGACGGCACGCUUCGGUCUGGAAACUAACAUUGCAGGCGUGUUCAAGGCCGUCAUGAAAGCGCACGACCCAGUGCACUCGGCGUCGCCAGCACAUUUCGAGCAGUUCAAGGGCUACAGCUUUCGCAUUUACGGCCUGAGCGAUGAAGCCAAGCAAGCUUUCCACGGCGUCUUUGACGAGCACACUAAAGCACAUGAGAAGGCGCAUCUUGUUGACAUGGGGAAGGCCAAGUUCCACUCCAAGGCGAAGACCAAGUUUCUGCGGCAUAGCCUUGUAGUUCACAUCUGCGAGCAAGCGCGACUAGGAUCCACACCUCAGGCUUGGGCAGGCGAGCUGCCGCUCGCCGCGCUGCGCUUUGGCCAGCUUCUAUCCUGA